AUGUCCCGUGUAAGGGCCACCGACUUUGAGGAAAGGGAUUAUUACCCCGCUCCUCGACGAUCUGCUCCUGAGGGACUCGAUGAGGUCGAUUACCGCCGCCGCACCGUUACAAUCAGCCCUCCCCCGCGAGAGGAGUCUCGCACACCCGCCUUUCUGCGAGACGAUGGUCGACGAUCCGAAGCUGGCCCUAUGGUCCUGCGCCAGCGUCAAGUAGAGACUAUCGACCGUCACCGACCCAGAAGUCCCAGCCCUAUCGCUCGCGUUCGAGAGGAGCGCAUCAUUCGAAGGCCCCGCAGUAUCUCACCCAGCCACCACUCCUCUCACCACUCUUCUCACGAUCUUGACCAUGACCACGAGCACGAGCGUUCUCGCACCAGAGUUUACGAGCGAGAGCGAGUCAGGGAACCUUCUCAGCCACCUCCCAGACGAGCUCCUUCGCCAGCCCGUGUUGUGCGAUAUGUCGAGCGACCAAAGUCGCCUUCUCCCCCACCUCCUCCACCAGUCGAAGAGCGGGAGCGCAUUCGCACCCGCAUCGUUGAGCGUGAAAGAGCUCCUUCGCCUCCUCCUGCACCAAAGCCUUCUCCUCCACCUGCUCCGCCCCAGACAAUCCGCGGACCAACCAUUGAGCGAGAAGUUAUCACGCACUACCGUGAUAUCGACCAUGGCAUGAUCAAAGCCAGACCCCCCACACCUCCUCCUCAGCCCAAGCCCCAGCCUCGUGCCCCGUCUCGAGUCCGAGAGCGGGAGACUGACAUUGACAUCUCCCUCUCAAGGAACAAGACCGAGGUGGAUAUUUCUCGCACAACUCGCACAAGAUCACAGAGCCAGGAACGACGAUCCGACUUCCGCGACGAUGAGCUCGUGGUUCGACGAGAAUCCGAUUCCCGUCGCCGAGCGCAUUCUGCUGCUCCUCUACCCACACCUAGCGCUGUAGAUGAAGAGGGUGACUACCUCACCGGAAAGAUUGAUUCUCGAGGUAGAAUGGGCGAGGCUUGGGGCGGUGCAACCAAGGACUGGACUCUCGUGGAUGUUCCUCCAGGCACUGAGCGCAUCCGAAUGGAUGGAAUCGGUGGUGGCAGCACUGAGACACAGUGGACAAGAUACAGCGGAGCUAGAAAGAGCAAGUUCAUCCCCGAGAGAGAUGGCCAGCCUUCUCCAGCCCCUGUACCAUCCCCCAAGCCUGCUAUCAGGGAACCUUCUCCUCCCCCAACCCGUGACACACGGGUGAACGUGUCAAUCUACGACCGUGAGCGAGAAAUCGAUAUUGAGAGAACCCGCUCGGUUUCUCGACCUGCUCCUCCACCGCCCAAGGAUAUGUGGACCGAGAUCACCAAGGACCUCGUUAUCCGUGAGGCCAUUGAGAGCUCUGGAUACGAAUAUGAGGAGACCAAGGAGUUCUACUACAUCAUGGACUAUCUUAAAUAUGAUGAUGUUCUCCGCCUGGUUGACAUUUCAGAUGAGAUCCGACGAUCUCGAAAGCAGCGCGCACGAGAGCUUGAGUAUGAGAGAGAAUACCAGUUUGAUUAUGAGCGCGACCGUACCCGACACAGCCACCCUCGCUGGGACGAGGUGACGGAGCGCGAGACGUUUUACGAUAGCCGUCCUCCCCGGGGCUAUCUUCGUUAA